UCUCCCAUCACCCGCCCAACUUUCGCAAUGGCCGAGGCUGCCCCUGCCACCGCCCCUGCGGCGGAGAAGACCGCUCGUCCCACCCGUCCUGAUGAGAAUGAGUAUCAGAAGAAGCUUGUUGAGGCCGAAAAGGCGCACAAGGUUGCUAUGGAUCGCCUGAACGCCAUCAAGGCCAAGAUCGAUAUUGCCAGCCCCAACAAGAACAAGGACCAGCAAAGCCCGACCCAGAAGCGGCGACAGGAGCUCAUUGCCCAGGCAAACGAGAUCCGUCAGAAGCAGGCCGGUGGUAAGAAUGCCCGUACUAGCAAGCUCGACCAGAUCAAGCGCCUCGAUGAGCAGGUCCGAAGCCGCAUCAACGAGCAAAAGACGGCCAAGGCCAAGGUUCCCUUCAAGUCCCUCGAGGAGGUCGACCGCCAGAUUGCCACCCUCGAGAAGCAGGUCAACUCGGGUACCAUGAAGCUCGUUGACGAGAAGAAGGCCCUCACCGAUAUCUCCAGCCUGCGCAAGACCCGCAAGAACUUUGGUCAGUUCGACGACUCGCAGCGCCAGAUUGACGAACUCCGUGCCAAGAUCAAGGAGAUCAAGGACAGUAUGGAGGACCCCGAGCAGAAGGCCCUCUCCGAGCAGUACAACAAGAUCCAGGCCGAGCUUGACACCAUCAAGGCCGAGCAGGACGAGGCGUACAAGAACAUCUCCAGCCUCCGUGACGAGCGCACCAAGCUCCAUGCCGAGCAGCAGGAGACCUUCACCGCCAUUCGCAAGCUCAAGGACGACUACUUUGGCCAGAAGAAGGCCUUCCAGGCUUUCGAGCGUGAGCUCCGCGAGAAGCAGCGAGAGAAGAGAAAGGCCGAGAACGACCGUUACCACCAGGAGCGCAAGAAGGCCGAGGCCGAGCGAGUUCUCGCUGAGGCUAGCGACCCUGCUUACCUCGAGGAGAUCCGCCGCGCCAACAGCUUGCUGCUGUUCCUCGACCCCAACCACAAGGUCGAGAAGGGCCCUCUUGUGGCCGAUUCAGGCCUAGGCGCCCAGACCCAGCGUACCGUCGACGAUGCCGGCCUAAAGGGAACCAAGCUUCUGCGUAAGGAGGACCGUGAGGACGAGUAUCUGCCCUCCACCAAGAAGGGCAAGAAGGGCAAGAAGGGCGGUGCCAACGCAGCCUCCACCAAGGCUUUCAACUGCCCCCCUUCUGUUGUUGAGGACUGUGCCUUCAUUGGCGUUGAGCCCCCCAUGAGCAGCGAGGACGUCCCUACUGUCAUUGAGAAGGUCCGGGCCAAGCUGGACCACUGGAAGGGUGACCAGGAGGCUGAGACCCAGCGCAACAUCGACAAGGCAAAGGCGAAGAUUGAAGAGCUUGAGAAGGCCGAGGCCAACGGUACCAACGGCGUCGAGGAAGCCACCGCCGAGCUCAAGGAGACUUCCAUCGCCGACAAGCAGGAGUCAUAA